ACAAAAAAAUUGAAGUUGUUGUGUUUGCCGACGAAAAGGAUUGAAUCUGAAAAAGUGAAUACGGCGGAAAUUUAAAAAAGAAAUAUAUAAAAAAUAAUAACAAUUUUGUGAUAAAAGCACAUGUGGUUUAUAGAUAAUUAAAAAAUUUUUAAAGAUUGCUAGAAAAAACGGACUUAAACAGCAAAAAAAAAAACUAAACUGAAAUUUUGUGUCUGUAUCUAAUAAAUGAAUAAAUGUGAUAAAUAAUCAAGCCGAAGUAUUAAAGCUGUAUCUAUUUGAUUCGGUAUAAAGGCAAUUUGAAUAUUAAAAAUAAUGUACUUAAAUUGAAAAAAUAGAUUUGAAUAGUUUAUAAAAUAAAAAAAGCAAAUGCCGCCCAAAUAAAAAGACAAAAAGACGCCAAAUGAGAGACAACAAACACAACCACCCCCAUCCAACAAUCGCUUGAGUUCUUGCAACCUUUGCCAGUGCUGCUCUUUCGGGAUUUUCAUUUUCUGCUCCCAACCACCAGCCAUCCAUCGUCGUCUGUCGUUGGUGGCAGCGGGCACGACGAUAGCAACCGGAGCAUCAGACGUAUGUUGAGCUAAACAGCAGUGUCAGUGCGCGUUUGGCAUUCGUCGGCGAAAGAAGUGAGAGAAGUUUUGGGUUUCCAGGCAUACUGUUGUUGUACGCGCUCAGCACUGAAUGCAAACUGAAAAACAGGAAAAGCUAAAAACAAAUAUUCCAGAGAAUAAAUCAAUCAAUAAUCAAAAAUAAAACGGCAGCAAAAACAAUAAAAUAUUACCUAUCCAUAUUGGAAUUGAUAUCAAAAGAAAAACAAUCAAAAAAAGAAACAAUUCAAAUAAUUAUCGCUUGCAAAACACAAACGAAAAAAGUAAAAGUUAAUCAAGAGCUGGUGGUCGUCGGGUGUUAUCAUGGCAGCUAUACCAUUAACACUGGACAUAUUGGCAUCCCCCACACGGUCUCCACUGGUGUCGCCACAAAUAUUGGCUAUGCCAGAAUCGUCGCAAAUAAACGAACGUCCAUCUGUCCUGGCAUUGGCAAAUGGGUCACCACAACAUUCCAAAGUGUCGCCGAGCCACCUCGGUGGUGGUGCUGGUGGUAGCAUUUCACCUGUCAUAAGCAGUUUAACGCCCUCAUUUCUGCCCGAGAUGCCACAGUGGAAACGUGACCUUAUCCAAAGACGCAAACAGAAUGUGCAACGUACAAUAAGUGCAUCGUCGCCACAAAACCCAGCAGCAUCGCCAUCAAUAGCCUCGUCACCAUCGUCAAUGGUGGUUGGUGGCUUAAGAAACUCCACAUCUUCAUCAUCGAUGCGUUCAUUUGCCGGCAGCAACGGCAGUAUUGACCAACUUGCAUCAGAAGGUUUACAUUCCCCUACCAAAGAUUUUAAUAAAUCAUCAUCAUCACCGUCGUCUUCAUCGACAUCUACAUCAACAACAAAGGUAAAUAAACAACAUGCAACAACAUCUAUACCGGCUGCAAUUAAAUCACCAUCAGCAGCAGCAGCAGCAACACCACCAACAACAACAACAAAACUCACAUCCCCACUAACCAUAACAUCUCCCCACAAAGAACUGGCAACGGCUAAAUUGUUUGGAGGUCAAUAUACAGCAAUAACCGAAGCUCCAACUACAACAGCGACAGCAACAGUUAAUACCAAAGAAGAGAUCACCACCACAAAAGAUCCAGCAACAACGACAGCAACAAUGGAGGAAGAAUAUUUGGAAAAAACAAACAAGACCAAAGAAACAACAAAAGGUAGAACAAUCAGAACAUCUCUAGGCGGAGAGGAAGACGAUGGCGGCGCAGAUGUACACAACAACAUUACAACUACUUCGGGCAUAAAACAACAGCAACAGCAACAAAUGGCAACCCGUUUAACGGGUUCUUCUUCAUCAUCGUCGUCAGUGUCGUCGUUGUCGUCGUCAACAAUGAAUAGUGGUAGUGCAACAACAACAACACUCAUCAAGAGAGCCGAGUUGUUGAGUAGUAGCUGUGCCGAGAGAGAGACCGCAACAAACAUCAACAUCAACAUAACUGGAGCAAAUAAUGGUUCGGCAAAUCAGUCGUCGAGUAAAUGCGAGAGUGAACGUUUAGUAUGUGCGGCGAACAACAGCGGUCUUACAUCGGUUUCAACAACAACAGCUACAACGACAACAAACACUGUAGUGAAAAUAUCACAGAAAUUACAAGAAAAUCAAUUUAUUAAAAACGAACAGCAAGUGGUGAACAAAACAAAAAUAAUAAAAACCAUAAAAACAGCGGAUUCGAAAUCCCCCACCAAGACUGUUUCAUCUUUGACGUCUACUUCGUCAUCCUCAACAUCAUCAUCGUUUGCCUCGUCGACCAACAGUAACUGUGCUGCAAUCAAAAAGAAAAUGGUGGCCAUGCAAGAAAUGAAGAAAUCCACCCAGAACUCUGCCACACAUUUGCAACACUCCACAUGCAGCGCCACCAACAAUGGUGGCUCCUCGGUCACCUCGAAUGGCCGCAGCAAUCGCAUUGGAGUUGGUGGUGGCCACGGUGUCAUUGGCGGCUCACAAAACUCCAAUGACUUGGAUUCCAAUGAGGAUUUAAGCUAUGGCCCUGGCAUUGUGUCGAAGCUGCGUUGUCGCUACCUUAGCCUGGCUCUGCGUGAGUCCAUGGAACAGCAACGUCUUAACAAAGAUCUCCUGAGACGUUCAACCAGUUUGAAUAAUCUGCUCGAUGAUGAUCGUGCCGAGGACGAAGAGGAGGAGGAGGAUGAAGACGACGACGAAAACAUAGAGAACAUUGACGUUGGUGCCGGCCACGCCGGUGGAGACCAGCAACAGAACACAAUUUCCGGUUUCGCACAGAAAAAAUCGGGUAUUCUAAAGAAUUCGUAUUCCCCGCAGGAAAAACGUUUCUCUCAGGGUUCGAACGGGGUGGGGGUAACCUUUACCGAAACCUCGUCGUUUAACAAACGUUCGCGCCACCUAAAACGCGGUAAUGACUCGUUGAAACGCGCUCGUUCCGUGGAAGCUUUGCUCAGUGAAAAAUCGCCUUGGCAGGGCCAACGCAUGGCCGCCAGUGUUACCCCCACCUGUGUGACCAUUGAGGAUAAAAUUCAAAAUGCCCGCGAGCGUUUGCAUCAGGGCACCGAUCACAUGCCACCGAAACGUCUGACCUCCAUCAUAGAUGACACCGAAAGGCCACCGCCGGAUUUGGUUAAACAGACCCUGAAAAUGUUUGAGGCCAAUGCCAAUCGGCGACCACGUAGCACCAAUCGUUCCAAUUCCAAGGGUGAUGUGGCCAGCAAAGUGGAGACUUUCAAGAACAUCAUCAAAGAUCAGAAGCCGGUGGUAAGCUACCCCAAGCCUUUAAGUCCCACCAAGAAACUUGGCGUUGGCGGCACUCCCAACUUGGUGAAGCCAACAUUGAAAUCCUCUUCGGAGCUACAGCAAACACCUUUGGGUCGCAAAACAAUGGCUGCCGCCAAUUCGCAUGCCAGUGGCCUGGAGUCAAAGACAAACACCCUGUCAGAGCAUACACCGGACAUAAUACCACGACAGAAAUUGCAUUCGGAAAGAGAUCAACACAACAACAAAGAGAAAUACUCCAUGGGCAUCAAUAAAGAGAAGUUUAUGAAUUCUCUGAUGGAGCCACCGCUCUCGACAGUGGUGGAUUCCCCACUCAAGAGCAGUGCCAAAGACAGGUUUCUCGCCUCCAUGGUGGAUUCACCGGUUACAGCUCUUUCCAAAGAGUUGGAGAGAAUGAAACUAAGCGAUAACAGCAACUCACCGCAAGCAACAGCUGGUGGAAAAGGCGAUAACUCGAAAAGCGAUAACAUGGCGCGUCGAGUGGAGGGGGACGGAAGUGAGGCUAGCGGUAGUGUAGGAGGUAUUGGCAUUAGUAGUGGUGGUGGUGGUGGUGAUCGUGUCGGCGUCGACGACAACAGAAAGGUUGAUGACGCAUUCCACGACGGCGUCCACGGCGACGACGACGACAAUCAAUACAACCAAACAGGCGAGCAAGAAGAAGCAGCAGCAGCGAAUACAAAUGAAUUCAGCACCAGCUCUCUUAAAAGCGAAAACGAUAAGAUUAAACAGCAACAAAUCCACAAUGAAACGGCACCACAAUCGAACUCCAACAACGUCUCCGCCUUCGCCGCCGCUGGCCAAGUCGUGCCCUCUCAGGCAACGAACGAGGCAGCCGUUAAGAAGGCUCACAGUGCACACAGCAGUAGUGAUUUAAGUGAUGGUGAAGACGACGACGAAUACGGCAUUCCAACGACAAAACGUAUAACGCGCGCCGCCCUGGACAAUAUAGCCAAAGCCGGAACCACACAACAAUUCAAAUUCUCAAGCAACGCAUCAUCAACGGCAUCCCCAGCCCAGUCCCAGUCCGCCAACAACAACAACAGCAGCAGCACCACAACAUCUGUAGCUGGUAAACAGAUCGGUGUAAUAAGGCCACUUCAGAAUACCACAGCCACGGCAACAACAACAACAGCAGCAACAAACGCCACCUCCAACAACAGCAGCAGCAGCAACAUGGAGGCAUUAAAACAUUCCUCCGUAACACCUUCACACUUGACCUCAAGGGAAAUUGAGAAGAAUCGCAUAAAUGAUUUGAAAAAAUCAACGGGAGUGACUUCAUCGUCGCCAUCCUCCAACGCCACAUUGCCCUCGUCAGCUAGUCUAGAUGUGAUUAAAUCCUCCUCCAGCCACAACACCACCACCGCAAACAGUGGCGGUACAGCCGCCUCUGGCAGUGGUUUCUCCGAAGUUGAUACAGUUAUCAGUGCUACAAAUAGCCCCCUCUGGGCAAUGCGCAAACGACGUCAAAAUCCUCCCGCACCACCAGCCGAACAGACCUCGAUGGUCUUCAAUUUCUCCAAUCGCAAGGAAGUACCCGAUUAUAUUGAAAAUGAUGGAGUUAUAUUCAGGCGUAAACGUGAAUUACCAAAGCCAAACGAAUCCGGUUUUGUAUUAUUGGGCGAUCUCUCAGUGGAAACAUCAACCGAUUUGGACUACGAUGAUUUCUCCAUGUGUCCACCCUCGCCAUGUGAUGUUGAGUUUGUUAAUGCUAAUAUUGUGAUUGAUGGUAAAUCAAGUAUUCGACAGAAACCCAAAGAUGCAACGUUCCGUGUACAAUUUAAUGAUACUCUCACAUCAACAUUUGAAUAUCCCUCGGAAGCCUCCCUGAUUGUGGAUGAUUCAUUUUCUUCGGUAUCUGGAGAAACGGAAUUAAACCAAACAUUUCAGAAUUUAGUUUUAGAGAAUUCCAUACCCUUGCAUCAUGUUGCCGAUGAGAUUAUUCAACUGCCAACAACAAACGAAAGUACGAAUUCACCUGCCAAUACAACAGCCACCAAAAAUAUUUUAGGCAAUUUACCACUAGAUUGCCCAGAUUUAGAGAAGGCUACAGCAUUAACCAUGACGUUGGAGGAACAACCAACACAAGACAAUCGAGAGCAAGAACAGCAGCUCCAGGACCAGUGCAACAACAACAAUCUGAACAACAGCAGCAGCAACAACAACAACCACAUGGAAGAAUUGCCACAGCCAUUAGAAAUGCGAAAAUCACGAAAAGAUUUAAAAUUACCGCUGCUGGAACAACAACACCAAGUGGUGAUGAGCCAAAAACCUCCAUUGCCAGUGAAAAGCAGCCGGAUGAAGACAUGGAAACCACCUCCGUCAUAUUUAAAAGCAAAUAUAGGCCGCGACAAAACUUUGGUGGAACCAGCUCCAGCACCACCGCCAACAGUUACACCCUUAACCCCACAGCCAGCAAUGUCUACACAACAAGACCCCCCCAACAUAGUGGCACAGCAUCAAGUGAUGAUCACCCAAACUCAAGAUAAACAUGAUUCAAAUGGCAACAGCUUGGAAGAUAAACAAAUCACAGAAGAAAAACCAAAGGAGAGACCCCGAAAAAUGCCACAAAUCCUUAGUCAUCCUAAGUAUGCGUGCUUUUUGCAACCCAAUACCGCUGAUGCAGAAAGGCCAAUGAUACAACGUUCCCGGUCCAAUGAGUUUCGUCGAAACUUUAAUGCCAACCCUGUAACUUUACCAGUUUUUCGUUCCAAUUCUUUGAGAAACAUAGAGAAGCCAUUACCAAUGAAUUCGGAAAGCAAGAACACAAUUACCACUUCAAUUUAUUUCGAUACCAAUGUAAAUUCAUCUAAUAACUCGAAUCAGACGACUCGUAAUGCUAACAAUAAUGCCACAACUGCAAUGAUUCUUCCCCCUGAUGGCCAAGUAGAUGAUUUGAAGUCGACCGCCCCUAUAAAUUUAACCAUACAUAGGCUGGACAAUACCAAAGAUAUGAUUAUGGACGAAGACGACGAGUUUUCAGCUUUGAAUGAAGGAGAAACAUCCCUACAAGCGUCUACUCUAUCACUUCCAAGUGCCCAUGACCUUAGUGGAUUCCAAGAAACCAUAUCCUGUCCCAACAUAACUCAAAGCGAUUCUUGCGAACUUUUAUUGAACUCAAAUUCAAUUGUCGACCGUUCUGUUUCUUUACAAAAUAUCAAUUUCUCAAAAAGUGAAGAAUCUUUUGUUUCCUCAUCCCCAAUGGACCAAGACCAGGAGCCAUUCCCUAUUAAGAUAGUAAAUCAGAACUAUUUUUCAUUGCCUAAUUUAAUACAAACCCCAAAAUAUAUACCCCACAAAGAAGCCAAGGAAGAAACUAUGCAAAACCUAAUGGAAGAGCCUCUAACUUCUAAGUCAAUGGAGAAUUUGGGCUUUAUUGGCGAAACAAUACCUAAAAUGUCCUCCAAGUCCUUAGAAUAUUUAAAUUUUCCUUCUGGGCCAACAAGUCGGGAUGGCCAAACAGAUAGUCCAUCCCAACGCCCUCAUAUCAGGGAAUUAAUACAAAUGUCUGGUGAUUCUGUGGACGAUGUAUAUGAAGAUGCUCUAUGUCUGUCGUUGGACUCUUCUAUAAGUAGUGAGAAGACCUCCAAGGAGUGUAGUGAAUUCACCAAUGAUUAUUCUAUGUCGAGUGCAAAUUCCAAUGAAUAUAGCUAUGAUCUGGUUAUAAAUGAGAUCGCAGCUAAAGAUUACAAUUUGGAAAACAUAAACACAUGUCCGACAAGAACUCAAUUGGCAAGCCAAGUUGAGAUUUCACGUAAAAUAAUAUUAGAUUCUUUGAAUAGAGGCUUGGAUAAUACCAAGAAUUUGCCGGAAGAAAAUAAGGAUUUAGCAUCUAUGGAGUCGGAUGUAAAAGAGAAUAAUGGGAAGAAUCAAGAUGAAAACCAAAAUCCGACACAAGACGAUAUAACUUCUUAUAAAAAUAUAACUAAUGUUUCCAAAAACCUCCCAAAUAAAAAUUUCGACAGUGUGGAUUGUCAAAUGCUGGAAAGCAGCAUUGUUGCAAAGAGAGAAGUUUCGUCGGGUACAAGUACAGCAAGAUCAGAAGAAGAAUGUUCUAAUCUAGAUUCGAAUACAAAUAUUUUUAAUGAAUCAACAAGUUCAAAGGUUGCUGUAUCCAAAUCUUCUAAAAUUCCUUAUAAAACUGAUGGCCAGUUAGCAGCUCCACUUGGAUUUAAUAUUUCCAAUAUUGAAUUCUCAAGGUCAGCAGAUUCUAUUGCGUACCAAUACGAACAUAAGUAUUGUUCUUCAACGAAUGAAGAUAAUCACAGCGCUGAUAAAAGUAAAUACGAAACCAAAAUGAAAGUAAAUCUAGGAGAAGAUAAUCUAAGUCAGGAAUCAAUGAAUAAUCACCAAAGAGUUGAUGGAAAUUCUUCACAUUGCUUGGCAGAAAUACGUAAUACCAAAACCGAAAAGGACAGUCUAAAGAAAAUUCCCCAGAUUUCCAAUGAAAUUUUUUCAAAUCCCUCGAAAAUACCAGAUGCAAGCAUUGCUCACGACGAUGUCUUUAAGCAGAAUAAGUCAUUUACUUCUGGUCAAAACAAAAAUAAACAAUUACAUAUUAAAACAAACGAUAAAUUCUAUAGCAACUUGGCCAAACAAAAGCCCUUCACGGAUACAAACAGUUACACCACCUAUAGCUUGGCUAGAAAAUGCAAUCGCAGCAAUUCACAGUCUUUUGCUAAAGCUUUGAGUCUUUACGAAAGUUUCAGCGAGAAGUCUUCAAGUUGCAAUGUAGUGCGAAAGGAAACAAAAAAUGUAGCAGCUAUAAAUCGAUCAGUUAGCAUGGUGGAGGGCAGUAGAAAUUAUGAUAGUGAAAUAAAAGGAAAUUCGAAAAAACUCGAUUUCUCGGCAUCUAAACAAACUUCCCAUACGGAUCGCUCUAAUUUUAAGGCAUUCGGCCCAUCAUAUGAAUUGCAAACAGCAACUAUUGACAAUUCACUCUUGUUGGGUCCCAAAGCAGACUUAAAAGGCAAAAAUUUAGUUUCCAAUUCCCUAUCGAGUGUAGUUUUUGAAUCGAAAACCGUCUCGGAUAAUACAAAUUCUUCGUUGUUCGGCUUCAAGGAGAUGCCUGAAAGGGCUAUGUCCCCCAUCUUAUUGAAUUCAAAUAAAAAUUAUUUUAACAUUAGUCCUCGUCCAUACAGACGUAAUUCUGAACAUACAUUUAACACUAUACACAAUACAACAGAUUUAAAUACAAUAUCCUUGGAUUCAGAUUCCUUCCGAUACAAUACUAAUCAUUUGAAAAUUACUCCCCCAAUACAACACGAUAUGGGUUUGAAGACAAGAACCAAUUCUGAAAUAGCAUUACCACCAUCCAGGGCUACGGAUAACACCUGCAAUACACAUUCCAUAAACAGUUCUAUAAAUAUUAAUACUAACCAUGUGCAGCAGCAUCAGGUUGAGGUCGACAUUCCAAAGAUGUUAUCUAAAAUCAAAAAACAUACAUUCACAUCUAUCUCUAUUUCCUCCCCCUCAAAUCAACUAAAAACCAAAAACAAAAAACAAAUGUUCAAUAUCAAAUAUAGAUGCUAUUGUGCCUAAAACAAAUGAUCGAAAUUCCCCCAAAAAAUAUUGAAAUCGAUCUAUGCAAAUGCCAAAACACUUUACUAUCCACAUUCCAUAUGUGAAAAGCGUCAAGUAAAAGGGCCACAAAUCACCACCAAUUUAUUGUUGUUGUGUAGUAGUUAACCAAAAAUGCAGUUGCCCGCAUAAAUUGAAUUCGAAUACGAAUGGUG